AUGAAGUUCACUUUGGGUUUGGCUGCUUGUGCGGCUGUUGUUGUUGCUACUCCAACCAAGACCGUCGAGAAGCGUGACGCCUCCCAGGCCAACGCAGCAUGUGCUUCUGCUGUCACUCUCGCUGCGGGCUCUAACCCUUUCUCUGGUCGUACGCUCCAUGCCAACUCUGCGUACGCCUCUGAGAUUGCUGCGGCCAUGCAAAGCGUUACGGAUACCUCCAUCCUCGCCCAAGCUUCUAAAGUGGCCCAAACUGGUUCUUUCUUGUGGAUUGAUACCAUUGCCAGAGUCCCACUGGUUGCUCAGAUGAUGACCGAGACUCCUUGCACCGACAUCAUGGGUCUCGUCAUUUAUGAUCUCCCAGGCCGUGAUUGCGCAGCUAAGGCCUCCAACGGUGAACUCAAGACCGGCGAGUUGGCCAAGUACAAGUCCGACUACAUUGACCCCAUCGCUGCCGCCAUCAAGGCUGCACCGAAUGUAGCCGUUGCCCUGAUCAUCGAGCCCGAUUCCCUCCCUAACUUGGUCACCAACGCAAACUUGACCACCUGCUCCUCCUCCAAAUCCGACUACGAGUCCGGCGUCGCCUACGCCCUCAAGACGCUCAACUUCCCCAACGUUGCCAUGUACAUCGACGCCGGCCACGGCGGCUGGCUCGGCUGGGACGCCAACCUGAAGCCCGGAGCAGCCGAAAUCACCAAAGUCUACACAGCGGCCGGCUCCCCCAAGCAAGUCUUCGGCUUCUCCACCAACGUCGCCGGCUGGAACGCCUUCUCUCUCUCCCCGGGUGAAUUCAGCACCGCCUCCGACGCCAAGUACAACAAAUGCCAAGACGAGAAGACCUACAUCGACACCUUCUCCCCGCUCAUCAAAUCCGGUGGCAUGCCCGCACACGCCAUCAUGGACACGGGCCGCAACGCCGUGCAGGGCCUCCGCGCCGCGUGGGGCGACUGGUGCAACGUCAACGGCGCGGGCUUCGGCGUGCGUCCUACCAGCUCGACGGGCGAUUCGCUCGUCGAUGCGUUUGUGUGGGUUAAGCCCGGUGGAGAGAGUGAUGGCACGAGUGACACGACCGCCGAUCGGUAUGAUAGCUUUUGUGGGCAUGAUGAUGCGUUUAAACCAGCGCCGCAGGCGGGACAGUGGAAUGAGGCGUAUUUUGAGAUGUUGCUUAAGAAUGCUAAGCCUGCUUUCUCUUGAGCGGG